GCUAAGUAGUUUUCAUUGAAUAUUUUGCUUCUGAGCAAGGUGCAAGCAUAUCUGCAUCAUUGCUGGAGGGCGUGUGUUUUUCCAUUAGGUCCAUGGAAUUGAAUUCCCAGUGCAUGUAGGUGAAUGGAGUGUCGUUUGAGCCUGCACAACUUAAGAUAAAAAUGAUCACAGUACUCUAUCAGAUUCUUAGAUCCAGACUUCUUUGCCUCUCAGAUGCCAGGUACAUUACUGGUCUUGGCCCUUAUUAUAUUUUGAUUUGUUCCUCUUGUCCUGACCUCAACUUCUUACCUAUUUUCAUUCUUGCUUCUGGUCACAGUCAUGGGUCUUGGCUUAUUCUGUUGCUGGAUACACUAGGCUCCUUUUCACACUCUUAGCAAGUCCCCUUGUGUAGUCGUCAAAUUCACAGGGUGGCGGAAGGAGCAGGCGGCCAGUGGAACGCUGGGAAGGUGGCAUUUGGGGGGGGGGCGCUGAGGAAAAGAGGGAGAUGAGCCUUGUAACCAGUGCCCACUCAUCGCCCGUGGUUCUCAGCUCUUCAGCAAAAGCUUUGGGGAAACAGGAGCCGUGGACUUCCUGUAAUCCUAAAAAAGAAUGUGUUGUUUUUCUUUUUCACCCCUAACUUAAACCAGAUUGUGUCUCAGCUCUGAUCUGUCCAUUGGUUGGCAUCACUCACCUUCAAAUAUCUAUAAGAAAGAAGGCGUUUUGGGGAAAGAUUUCAAUCUGUUUAUAGCGAACAUAAUUAGGGGGAAGUCAUAGAAGCAGUGGAGAUCAGUGGCUGCACCAGGAUGAAAAUUGUUUUGUUUUAAGGGUGAUGUCAUCUCUGAGCAAAGUGAGAUGAGCCAGGAGGCAAAUGAGAAUGUAGACAGGUCUGCCCAAUUCCUUUUAAAGCCCCAGAAACCCAUCCAGCCUGACAUCUGCUCGACUCUGCAUGAUUUUCAGGAAGAGAGAGACUAUUUGGCAAACUACAUCUUCCCUCAGCUGAGCGAAUUCUGCAAUUCCUGGGGUGCGUGUUUCAAAGCUGUGGACCUGAGGUGGUCAGCGUUGGAGGCCCAGGCGCCCUUACCCUUCAAUCUAUUUAGACAACAUUUUUGUCUCCACUAGCAACAUCUGAAGCUCUGUCUGGACUGCGUGAACAGCUGCUUUCCCUUUUUUAUCUGCUUGCUGGGUCAGACAUACGGGGACUUUCUCCCUGACUACUCACCUGUCAUGUUCUCUAAGGCAACUGACUUGUCAGCUUUAUCCAUAGUGGAACAGAAUCUCUAUGCUGCUGCAAAAAACUGUUAUCCUUGGGUCCUGGAGAAUCCCAGCCGCCCGAUUGAGUUAGAGAUCGUCCAAGCAGCAUUUUUGAAUGAGUCUCAAUUUCAGUAUUUUUACUUUAGGACGGGAACCAUGCUGCUGAAGCCUGUGGAUGAGGAAAAGGAGGAGAUGCUGUCCGCAUGUUUUCUGAUCAACGAUGAGGAAAACUUAAAGAUUGGAAAGCUUAAGGCCAAGAUUAUUAGCAAAGGGCUACCUGUCAGGUUGUACAGAGAUCUCCAUGAGUUGGGUGAGCUGGUUCUCAAGGACUGGUUGGUUGUGAUAGAAAAACUUUACCCAGCCACUUUAAUGAUGGAAAAUAUAGACUUCAAGCACAACUUUGAACGUUUCUAUCACGAAGCAUUCACUGAGAAGUGUAAGGAAGUGUUUGUUAUUUCCAAGGAGUCAAACAGAACCUUUGAAAUCUUGGAAAGAUUUGCCUUAAAGGAUGUGGAAUUUGAUUUUAAUAAUGCUGCAGCAGGCUCCAGCUUAUCUAUUCUCAGAGUAAAUCCUCUUCCAGCUUACAAGUCUCCUGUGCUCUUGUCUGGAGAACAUGGUUGUGGGAAGUCCAAUCUGAUUGCCAGCUGGGUGAACUAUUUCAGAAAGAAACAUCCGUAUGUGUUGCUGAUCCCUCAUUUCGUGGGCAGCGCCUGUGAAAGCAGUGACAUCACGUUGGUGAUAUAUUACUUCAUCACAGAAUUACAGUACAAAAGCUAUGGUGUAAUCACUCCCGCCAGAGAGAGCGGUCCAUAUGCCUUUCAGAAGCCAACGAAUCGCAAGAGAGCACAUUUCCACCGAAUCUUGGUCAAAUACUUCCAAAGGCAAAUGGCUUUCCGGACAGUGUAUCAGGAGCUGCCUUGGCACAUGAAGAUGAGCAGCUGCUGGGAGGAUUUGUGCAGCUUUCUCUCAAGUCCUAGGCCCUGGGGAUGCAGGAGUGAAUGAGCUAUGGCCCCAAGCCUUAGGUGCUUUCCAUCUAGUAGGGAAGGUGUGGAGCCAGAGAAUUGCUGUCCAUGGUGGUAAAUGCUUCACUAGAGCAACGGCACAGACCUGGGUAAGCUUGGAAGAGGGAGGGGCUGGCUCGCCCCGGCUGAUUCAGGGACCCUGACCCGAGGAGGGGCCUCCUGGCCAGAGGAGGGGCAUUGGCUUCGACCGCUGAAGAGUGACAGGCUCGUAUUUAUCUGGUGACCUACUAACAUCAUAAUAGUGCAGAAGUUUAUGAAGAGGCUAAUGGGAUGUGGUAAAUAUAGAAGCUGCCUUCAAGGCAUGAAAUGCUACAAUGACUUCCAUUAAUACAUUGUGUUACAAGUAUCACAGACUUUAUAUCAAAGACCCAAAGCCCGAGCUUCUGGACAAGGCUGCACCUCAUCCACUACUGGAGUGUAUUGUCGGAAGUUGGAUAUGAUGCUACUGAGGCCUAUUUGCUCACGGUGGGCAAGAUCAAAGCAGAUCAGUACCACAAACUGAGGAAGAGAUGUACACUCUCAGUGCUGGAAUGCAGACUUUCUGAGGUUACUGCCACUGACAAAUGCUGGAUUAAUGUUCUUUAUUGCGAGAUUUCUGAAGCUUCUGGGCAAGACCAAUGAAGCAGAAGAGUUAUUCUUGAGUGUUGAGAACAUGUUAGUGCAGCUCUGCCGCCGGAAACGCUUCUCUUGCAAAAAUGAAAUUUCAAGAAUGCUUAAAUAUCAGGAGAAGUUUGGUGAGAAAAACAUCCUAGUUGGAGAAAUUAUGGAAUUUUUAGCGGAUUUACUGUUUUUCCCACUGAGACAUAGUGAAAGCCUUGUGCAGAGAAACUCGCCGUGCCUGAGAGUUCUGCCCUGAUCAAUUUGUCAGGACCCUGACCAUGAUAUAUUUGAAAGGAGCUCCUAGCCCACAACCCGUGUAGAUGUUUUGGCAGGAGGAAAAGUAAAAAGGAGGACAGUGCCAUCGCUCCGGACGCGCAGGUUCAGCGGCCAUGGCUCACGGGCCCAGCCGCUCCGCGGCAUGUGGGAUCUUCCCAGACCGGGGCACGAACCCGUGUCCCCUUCAUCGGCAGGCGGACUCUCAACCACUGCGCCACCAGGGAAGCCCUCUAUUUCUUUUUACUCUUCUUUGAUCCAGUUUCAAGAACAAAUCUUAAGGAGAUGGAAGCAACCUAAGUGUCCAUCAUCGGAUGAAUGGAUAAAGAAGAUGUGGCACAUAUAGACAAUGGAAUAUUACUCAGCCAUAAAAGGAAACGAAAUUGAGUUAUUUGUA